GACCACGAACGAGAGCUCAAGAUGCCACCAGUCGCUGCUGCCGGAGGAAUGUCAGGUCCAUCGACCUUCGACAAGGCUAAGAUGGGAGCCAUGAUGGGAGGCACUGUUGGCCUAUGUAUCGGUUUCAUCUUCGGCGCAACGAACAUCAUUCGAUUUGGACCCGGACCUCAAGGCAUGAUGCGAACACUGGGACAAUACAUGCUCGGCUCGGCCGCAACAUUUGGAUUCUUCAUGUCAAUCGGAACCACCAUUCGAACGGAGAGCUCGCCCAUCGUCACAGAAGCAUUUCGCAAUGCUCAAGCACGGCACGGCAGGCCAAUGAUCAUGCCCCUGGACCGUAUGCAGAGGAGAGCGAAUAGGACGCAAGAAUGAGGGAUUGGGAAACAGGAUGUACAUUAAGUGUGAGGAGGAGGACGAAGGACAUAUGGCCGAGAAGUGGGCGGACAAUGGCCACGGUACAGCAUGGAGGAAGGGAACGGCUCGACGUCAGACUUUCUACGGGCACAACAUACCCAGCUCAUGAAAGGCAUUGC